AUCAUGAGGUCAUGGGAGUUAGGAGUACACCAAAACCGGGUCCCUUCCACAGGCUGACAUUGAGCCACAUGUUAGUAAGAGACUUGCCUUCACCUUCAUUCGCCACGUGUUCGAAUCUCAACUUCUUCUCUUCAAAGUUCAAACACUCACUCCUGUUUUCCUGCAAAUUAACCAAAAAAAAAAAAAAACCAACAAGAUCAUAUUAAUUUCCUUUUUUUUGCUACGACAAUUUUCGAUUAAUUUCCUGCAAAUUUCACCAACAUGUCUCGCCUAAUUCAAGCUCGAUCUUCUCUUUCUAAAUUGCAUACAUUAGCAGUGUCUAGAAGUUGUAGAUUUCUGUCUACAGAAUCUACAGGGAUCAAUGGAGGCUCUAGAAUUGAGGAAGCCGAAACAGUCAAUGUUCCUCCUCCCCCUUCUGAAAAGCUACUUGUUUUUGGAGGCAAUGGAUUUGUUGGUUCUCACAUAUGCAAAGAAGCUUUAAUACAUGGCUUGUCAGUUGCUAGCAUGAGCAGAUCUGGAAGGUCAUCCAUUAAUGAAGCUUGGGCAGAUAGAGUGACUUGGCAUCAAGGAGACCUCUUUUCACCUGAAACAAUUAAAGAUGCACUGGAUGGAGUGUCUUCUUUUCCGGUCUUUACUCAGUGUACAUCGUCCUGUAUAAUAGUAAUCCUGUUGUAUAAGUGUACAUCCGCUUUUCAUAGUACUCCGGUCUUGUACUCAAUAGAAGUCUUGACGUAG